AUGGCUUUAUUUUCCCGCGUUUUAAGGCGCGCUUCGCCUUUUAUUCAAAAACGAUUUGAUUCAACAGUUUCUAGUUUAACUAAAGAUGAAAUGCUAGUAUUAUUGCGACCGCCAUUUUCUCGCUGGAGUAAUAUUAUACGUGAAGCAGAGAAAGUUUUGGGAUAUCCGACAUCUUUUAUGAAUUUAAGAUGCCUUUUGAGUGACGAAUUUGCUAAUUUGGCAUUGUAUUUACGGAAAGUGGUUGGAAGCAACCAUCUGGUAAUGCAAACAGCAAAGAACGUGCUAUACGGCGACUCCAAGAACCUACAGCCUUGGGGUUUAGUAAUUUUACUUUUAUCAAAAUCGGUUAAAACAGCAAAUACUAAAGCAUGCGAAAAACAACGAAAAUUAGCGGAGCUAACAGAAAUGUUGAGAACUGGCCAUUUAAUUCAUCGGAAAAUUGUCAAUGUACCAUAUUCAAGAAGAUCAAAGGAUACAGAUUCGAUUAUAUUUGGGAACAAAAUUGCAAUUUUAUUGGGUGACUACCUUUUGGUUACAGCAAAUGCAAUGUUAGCUAAUUUAAAGCACUCUGAGGUUCUUUAUAUUGUAUCAACGGCAACAAAAGAUCUGUCUGAGAGUGAAUUCUUUGGUGACAGAGACGAACAAAAUAUGCCUUUGCCAGGAAAACCUAAAGUAACGAAAGACGAUCUUGAUAUAACUUUUGAUACAUCAGCUAUCGACGAAGGCGAUGUAUUGGGAAAGCCUAAGAAAGAAUGGACUGCGAGGACGGUGUACAACGGCGUUAGUUUAUUAGGUAGAGGAUGUCAGAGUGCAAUGGUUUUGAAUGAACAAAGUCGUGAAAUACAAAGAAAUGCAUAUAAUUUUGGCUGUCACGUUGGCCUGUCUUGGCAAGCGGCUGCUGAAAUUAAAAAACUUACCGAAAAACACCGAUUCUGCCUAACAAGUGCCCCAGUUUUAUUUGCUUUAGAAAAUAAUCCUGACUUAUACAAAAUUAUAGACAGAGCAAAAAACGAUGUGAAAGACAUUGAUUAUGAAGAUUUGAAGUUUAAUAUCUUAAAAACGGAUGCGAUCGACAAAACUGAGAUGUUAAGAGAGGAACAUGCGAAGAAAGCUAUGAUGUAUAUCGAUAAUAUCGGUCAGAACGAAUCUGUUGAUAUGAUCAAGAAACUAAUUAACACUUAU